GAGUUUCUAGGUUAUGUUAUUGUUCGUUCGUAUUGCUCGUGUAUGAUCGCAUGUUAUUAUUAUCAUCAUCAUUAUUAUUAUUAUUACUAUUAUUUAAUAUUAUUAUUAAUAAUAAUAAUAUUUCAUCGCUCCGCUGCCGGAGGGGGAGCAGUGAGAGCGGUUCGAAAACUACCGACUAGAGGACACGUUUUUUUUCGUCGACGGCGCAGAUUUCCUAAACGAUUGAACGCCAAACCGUCGUUGUCGUCGUCGUUUAUAUUCUCUUAUCGCGCGUUUCGCUUUUUCACAGUUCUCGUCCUCGGCGGAUGGAUGUUGUAAUAGUAAAAUAAUAAUAAUUAACCUCUUAUAAUAUCAUCAUUGUUAUUAUUAAUAUUAUUACUAUAGUCGUGUGCGUGCGCGCUGUGGCCUGUGUGCAGCGUACAGUUUCGUUCCGAGUUUCCAAUCGUCGGGACUUUCGGCGAAAACGUCGAAUCCGUGUGUGCUCCCAUUUUACGUCGACAAGACGUUUGAUCGUCACGCUUCCCGAAAAACCACGUACGUGACGCUCGUCGCGCAUCUCAUCGGCUCGGCGGUCGCCGCAGACGGCAAACGGGCCAGACAGUGGUACGGUGGCACGACACACAAGGACGAGGAAAAUGCAGUCGUCGACUCUGGCGCAACCAUCGUCUCAUCCGCCGUCAUCAUCGUCGGACAACUAUGCUGCUACACGACGAUCAAUUCGGUCCGAGUGAUAGGCACUGGCCAGUGUUUUUAGCCUGCGACAAAAACUAACAGUCGCUGGGAAGCCUAUCUUUUUAAAUAAUAUCGCGAGAGUCAUCUCGUUUCAUUUUUGUUUUUGACGGGACACGCGGUUUCCGACUACCUUAUCACCCCACACGAACCGUAACCCGACCGGCCCACCCUACUCCGUCGUCAAUCGCUUCGGUGUUUUAUUUUUCGGGUGCGCCGCGCACCGGCGCUGGAGAAUCGCGUGCGGGCGCUACGAUUCCCCUGUGACGCGUCGCUCAACAAGAUGUACGCCGCCGCCUACGUCGCCGCAGUCAAAACGGCCGUCGCCGCCACCGCCACCGCCGCCGCCGCCGCUGUCGUCACAACAAACGUCGUCAUUGCCACUGCCGGCACCGCCGCCACAGCAGUAACAAUCGCCGCAGUCGAGUGUCGUCGGAGGAGUUCAGCGUCACGCGUUCUCCUCGGUUCGCGAUGAACGGCGGCGCAGUCGCUGCGUGCGUGCCAUGUGACGCGUGAUCCGGCCGCGCGGUAGUUCGCCAGAAUAUAACAAUACAAUACUGUGCUAUUAAUUCGGUAUACACGCGACCGGUUGAAAUUAUUUAUUUUUUUCGUUGCGCUUUACAAGAGUAACACGGACAGUGAGAGCUACUUGUACGACAAUAAUAACAUUAUUCCUACCUGACCUAAGGGUAGGCUUAUUUUAUAUUAUUGUUUUAUUUACUACCGUUAUCGCGUUCCGACCGAAAACUAAGGUCCUGGACGUGUCUUGAACGGACGACGUGGUGCAGCUCACCGCUCUUAUAUUCAGUGUUGUCGACGGACAGAUGAAGUACAAACGACCUUUGCUCAAAAAAUGCCGUCCAUGAACGGGUGGUGGAUCGCUUUCGUAUGGCUGUGGUCGCUGUCCGUCACGACCGCGGCCGUCGAGGAGAAGAUUUGUGGCAACAUCGACGUGCGCAACAACGGCGAACACUUUUCCUUGUUGCACAACUGCACCAUCGUUAAUGGUUACGUUCAGAUCGUGCUGCUAGACGCCACCAAACCGUCCGACUUCGACAUCAGUUUCCCGCUGUUGCGCGAGAUCACUCAGUACCUGGUCGUGUACCGYGUGGCCGGCCUGUACAACCUGGGAAAGCUGUUCCCGAAUCUAAUGCUGAUCCGAGGCUCUCACAGUCCUCAUUUCCCGGGACUGGCGCUCAUGAUCCAUGACAACAUCGACCUGAGAGAGAUCGGACUGUACAGCUUGACCAACAUCACGCGGGGUUCCGUGAUCAUUUCGAAAAAUCCCAAAUUGUGUCACGCGACGACAAUCGAUUGGGGCCAAAUCGCUAACGGAGUGAGCAACGACAUUAACGUGAUCAGCAACGACGAACCAGCGAAGUGCAAAGGAUGCUCUAAUAUCGGCUGCCCCGGAGACUUGUGCUGGUCCCACGAAGUUGGUCGGUGCCAGUACGGUCGGUUGAACGGUUGCCAUCCACUCUGCGCUGGCGGUUGUGACGAACCGCACUCGGCCAGGCAUUGUUUUGCGUGCACUGCGUACAUGCACAAGGGCGAAUGCAUCCGAGAAUGUCCAUACGGCCUGUACGGUCACAUCAGGUCGUGCUUGACCGCAGAAGAGUGCCACAKYUUGCCGGUGACCAGAGAGGAAUCGACACCGGACGAUCUGAACACCCACUACAUCCCGUUCGAACGCGUGUGUCGCGACGAGUGUCCGUACGGGUUCCAGGUGACGGCCGACAAAAGAAACUGUACGCUGUGCACGAAAACGAGAUACGGCCACUGUCAGCGGAACUGUAACAGUUUCAAAAUCAGUGACGACAUGUUGAGGAAGAAUUACGAAUACCGUUUGCACACCAACUGUACAACUAUCAAAUCUYUGGAGAUCGAAGUCAAGUACGGUACCAGCGAGGACGUGGAACGUCGGCUAGAAGAAUACAUCGGAAAAGUGGAAGUCAUUUUGGAUCAGUUGAAAAUCAUACGGUCGUAUUCGCUUACCUCUUUGAAUUUCUUGCGGAGCCUGUACGAAAUACGCGGCGAAAACACUGUCAACAAAAUGGCCUUGGUGAUACGCGGCAAUAAAAAUUUACAAAAACUUUGGACUACCAGUGAAAACGAGACCCGUCCCGUUAAAAUAUUGAACGGCACAGUGUCUUUUCACUACAAUCCUAAGUUAUGUAUGUCGGAAAUAUAUAAAUUUGGAAACUUGUCUACACUACCUGCGUUCUCGGACAUAGAAGUGUCKGUUAUAUCUAACGGUGAUCAGUUUGCAUGCACUGUUUAUAAUUUACAAGUGGAAACCGUUAAAAUUGAUCCACAGUCUAUUGUGUUACAAAUGCACAAACCUGUGGAAGCCGAUAAUUUGGAAAGGUUUCUUGUGUAUUUUAUUGAAGCGUCUAAAUGGAAUGAAACUAUCGAAUCAACCGAUUGCGAAGACUCUAGUUGGAAAAUUGAUGAUAUAAGUUCAAAAAAAGCUUUAAAUGAAACUGAAAUCUUCCAUGUCAUUACAAAUUUAGAACCAAACACAGAGUACAUUUAUUAUGUAAAGACUUACACGAUUUCUUCCAAGACAAGUAUGAGUAGUAUAUUUCGUAAUAAGACUCUUCCAUCAAAGCCGUCCUCUCCCCAAUACUUUAAUGCUCAACCAGUGUCUAGUUCUGAAGUAGAACUGACAUGGAAACCUCCUUCACAUCCUCAUGGAAAAUUAGUCAAAUACAUUAUCAAGGGAAUUCAUUUAACCGAUGACCAAGCCAUGUUGGAUGAACGUAGUUACUGUAGAAACAAAACRUUCAAUGGGAACGGCAUAAUAUACAAAUCUUCCUCAUUAAUUAUUAAACCAUCAUCUGAUGACACAUGUGAAAAGCAGUGCGAACCACAAAAAAAUAUUGUUAAUAAUGUAUGCAACACUUUUGAACACGGUAUAGAUAUGGAUUUAAUUUCAUUGAAUAAUCACAGGUAUACAUUUGAAUCGUGCAGCAGUAACAUUAUUAAUAUCUUUAUUAAUUCAAAAUGUUUGGCAAUGCAAAACAACGAUGACUCUAUUUUUCCAAGUAGUGUAAAUACUUUUAUAAAUGAAAACUGUACAGAGAUGUGGUCAGUCAGUAAUAUGGUGAACAAUGUUACUCAUAGAGAUGGUAGCUCAUCUUAUUUCCAAAUUGAGUUAAAUGAAAAUAUUACAUCAUUUAAUCUUAGUAACCUCAGACAUUACAGUCAAUAUUUGCUGUCCAUAUUGGUUUGUAGAGAGGUUGUCAAACAAGAAUUAAACCAAAGYACUAUCAAUUCUUGUAGUCAAGAAACAUUAAUAUCCUUCCGCACUUUGGAAAAUAAACAAGCAGACGUUAUUGAUAGCAACACUGUACAGGAUGAAAUUGUGAAUAAUCACACAGUUAUUAUAUUUUGGGAGUCACCAAAGCUUAUAAAUAGCAUAAUACAUAGUUUCCAGUUGCACUAUAAACGCUUGGAAGCGCCUAAUUUUGUUUCUGUGUGUGUUACUAUGAAGGAAUAUGAAAAAGCUGACCGAUCAUAUGUCUUCAAGAACAUACAGCCUGGUGUUUAUCAAUACAGAAUCCAAGCCGUUUCAUUGUACGGGCCCGGGCCAUACACUACUGUGAAAGAGUUUAAUCUUCCCUAUCCAGACGCAUUUAAUAGUUGGCACCUUAUUAUCAUAAUUUUUAUUUGUGGUUUUAUAUUAAUUAUAUUUACAAGUGUUAUUCUUCGUACUCACUUUAGUCGUAAGAUUUUAGAACGUAAUGCCAUGUUUAAUCUAGCCAAUAAUCCUGGCUAUGUUGGCAUAUAUGUUGAGGACGAAUGGGAGGUACCCCGAGAGGAUGUGGUCAUACUUAAAAUACUUGGUAGAGGAACAUUUGGCACAGUUCAUGAAGGUCUGCUGAUGCCUCAAUCUAUACCAUGUGCUGUAAAAUCUGUAAGCAAGACAAAUUUUAUGAGAUAUCAUACAGAGUUCUUGAAUGAAGCAGCCAUAAUGAAGAAAUUUAGUGAAGCAUACCAUAUAGUGAAAUUGCUUGGUGUAGUGACAAAGACCCACCCACCACUACUCAUAAUGGAACUCAUGGGCCGUGGCGAUUUAAAAAGUGUAUUGGUCAAGUGCAAGAAUUCUGAUGAUCCACCUCCACCCAAUAGAUACACCAUUAUUCGUAUGGCUGCACAAAUAGCUGAUGGUAUGGCGUUCCUAGAAUAUAACAAAUUUAUUCAUCGUGAUUUAGCUGCCCGAAACUGUAUGGUGGCUAAUGAUUUGACAGUGAAAAUUGGCGAUUUUGGUAUGAGUCGACAAAUAUAUAAUGGUGAUUAUUAUCGCAAAGGAAAUAAAGGUGAAAUGCCUAUACGAUGGAUGGCUCCUGAGAGCCUCAGUGAAGGCAUUUUUACCAGUCAGUCAGAUGUCUGGAGUUAUGGGGUCGUGAUUUGGGAAAUGAUAACAUUGGGUGCACAACCCUACCCAGAAAAGAACAACAAUGAGGUCAUGGCACAUGUGCUGGAUGGAAACUUACUAGACUUACCGGACUCUUGUCCUGAUGUGUUAGCUGGUAUAGUUAGACUGUGUUGGAAUUGGAGUGCUUCCCAACGACCAAGGUUCCUAAAAAUAGUCGAAGCACUUGAUGUUUAUCUGGAGAAUGAUUUCAGAUCAGUUUCGUUUUAUCACACUCACGGUUUACACAAUGAGUCGCCUGCUGAUCAAUCGUUGAUGUCACCGUGUACUACGUAUGAAGAAGAUGAUAACGAAAACAUUAGUUUUGAAGGCGGUGACACCGUUGCUGUAUAUAGUGCGUUCCAUGUAGGCAAAAGCAAAAUGAGUAAUGGAAAUUUAUCUCCAAUGUAAUAUUUAGGGUCAAAAUUAUUUAAGUGAAAUUCAACGUUACCAGUAAAGUCUAUUUAAAAAAAUAAGUGUUUUUUUUUUUUGUUUUCUUUAUGAAUAUUGUAUAAAUGGUCCAAGAGUGUUAUCUGGGCAACCGUUUUUGUAGACUAUUAAUAUUUCGUUGUUAAAUUUUUUUUAUAUAUAAUUUAAUAUUUUGAUGUUCUAAUUUUAUUAAGAAUUAAAAUAACAUAAUUUUUUUUCGUACCACCUUUACAUGUAUCAACAUAUUAUUCUAGUUUCUAGUCAGCGCGUGGAAAUCUUGUCUCUCCAACGUCUGUUUUUUCAUUUUAUUAUUAUUUUAUUUUAUAAUAGAUUUUUACAUGUCAUUACAAAAUUAAUAAAAAUAAAAUAUAUAUUGCCAUAUAAAUACUUUUUUGGAACUAUCUGGUUGCUGUUUAAAAUUUUUUUUUAAUKGAUCAAACUAAUUUUCCAAAAAAGUAUUUGAAUUUUACACAAACAUAUAUUUUUUGAAAAUAUUUUUAAGUAUAAAAGUCUCAACUAAAGAAAAUGCAAAUAUAAGACUAAUAUUGUCACUCAAUUUUUAGAAAAAUUCAKUUGUAUUAAUUGUGUAAUAGUAAUAUUGUUAAUGAUAAAUAUUUUUUUAAAUUGUGUUGUAGGUACAUUUUUAUAACAGUUUGAUAUGUGUCAUCUAGUAAAAUUAUCCUUUUCCAUGUGUUCACUAAGGUGUUCUUUUAACUUAAAAACUUAACAGAAUUGGAUCUCUCAUUGCCAAAAAAUGUUAAUUUAUUAUUAUAAAAUUUUUUUUCUUCAGACAAUUAAAUUAAAUUAUUUAAAUUAUUUGAAAAUUAAUGCACAUUGCAUAUAUUAUCUAAUAUUUUAGUAAGAUAACAUUUCGACCAAUAAAUUGGAUUUAUAGUUUUAUUGAUCACUGUUUAAACCGUUUUAAUUUUAAGA